AUGGGAGACGAGGACACCGUCAUGGGGGAGGUCCAGAAGCUCCCUCUCCCUUCUUUACCCUCCUCCUCCUCCCUCACUCAACCUCCUCCCUCUACACAUAUCCACCAGGGUGGCGGCGUCCCCACUUUAGCACCCUCUGUCCUUUCAUCUGCUCACAAAUCACCUUCCCCUGGCUCUGAUCCCUUUCCAACCCAAACUACCCUCCUGACGGGGAUGCCCCCGCCACCUGAUCGCAUCAAGAUGAGCGACUCAGAGACUAACUCGCUGGACAACCUCGUCAAGCGCGAUAGCCUGGUUGAAACGAACUCAGACUGGUCUGACGAAGAGGUCGUGGCCAGGGCUGGUCUCCCAGUUGGUUCGCUUCCUACCGGCCUCUGUUAUGAUGUGCGUAUGCGGUACCAUUGUGAAGUUCGCCCCACGUCUGAGGUGCACCCCGAGGACCCGAGACGAAUCUACUACAUCUACAAAGAGUUAUGUCGGGCUGGUCUGGUAGAUGAUCCCGAGUCGGUACAUCCACUAGCCCCGCAGACCUUGAAGCGUAUCAACGCUCGCAAUGCCACAGAGGAAGAGAUCACCCUGAUCCAUUCCGAGGCUCACUAUGCAUUUGUCAGAAGCACCCAGGACAUGCUCGAUGACGACUUGGUGUAUCUGGAGACAACGCGGGACUCGAUUUAUUUCAACCGACUUACUUUUGCGUCGGCCCUUCUGUCGACUGGAGGUGCCAUUGAGACUUGCUUGGCCGUCGCUAGACGACAGGUGAAGAACGCUAUUGCGGUUAUUCGUCCGCCUGGACAUCACGCUGAACAUAACACGGCCAUGGGCUUUUGUUUGUUCAACAACGUGCCUGUUGCUGCACGUGUCUGCCAGAAUGUUCUCGGCGAUCAGUGCCGGAAGAUCAUGAUCCUUGACUGGGAUGUCCAUCACGGAAACGGAGUGCAGAAGGCUUUCUACAACGAUCCCAACGUUCUCUACAUCUCGAUUCACGUCCAUCAGAAUGGCAAGUUCUAUCCCGGUGGCGAUGAAGGCAACUGGGAUCACUGCGGUGAAGGACCCGGACUGGGAAAGAAUGUCAACAUCCCUUGGCCUGAUCAGGGUAUGGGCGAUGGUGACUACAUGCACGCUUUCCAGAAAGUAGUGAUGCCUAUUGCCUUGGAAUUUGACCCAGAUCUGGUGAUCAUUUCCGCUGGAUUCGAUGCCGCUGCUGGUGACGUGCUGGGUGGCUGCUUUGUGUCGCCCUCAUGCUAUGCUCAAAUGACCCACAUGCUUAUGACUCUUGCAAAUGGCAAGGUUGCAGUCUGCCUGGAGGGAGGAUACAACUUCCGAUCCAUCUCCAAAUCUGCAUUGGCGGUGACUAAAACCCUUAUGGGCGAGCCCCCCGACCGAUUGACCAAGACUGCGCCAACGAGGGAUGCGAUUGAGACCGUGGGUCGGGUCAUGAGCAUCCAGGCCCAGCAUUGGCGCUGCAUGUACCCCAAGCCACCCCAACAUCCCAUUGGGGGGGAUCGGCUGCACGAUGUUCUUCGUGGGUACCAAGCUCAAACGCUGUAUGAAAGCUUCAAACUCACCCCACUGUACAUCUAUCGCACGAAAAUCUCCAGGUCGUUUGAGAACCAGGUUCUGGCGAGCGCAAACUAUCAUGAGCGCGUGCCGCUAAUUGUCAUCUUCCAUGACCCACCGGAACUCAUGGGAUAUCCAGACCCCGUAACCAGUAAACUUGAAGCCCACAACGUUUGGAUGUCUGAUGCCCAAAAGGAAUACAUUGAAUGGAUCGUUAGCAAGGGCUAUGCUGUGAUUGACGUUAACAUCCCGAAACAUAUCACCCAGACACCCGUACGGACUGCUCUGACAUACCCCCGAACCUUCUCGAGACCCAGGGUAACCAAUCGAGACAUACAGGCCACAGGAAAGUACGAAGACGAAGACGAGAACCGUCCUACCGCAACCGAAGAGCUGGCAAAUUAUUUGUGGGAUAACUACAUCGACUUCUAUGAGAAGCGAGAUGUGUUUUUCUUCGGUAUCGGCAGUGCUUUUGCCGGUGUUGUCAACCUUUUGAUCAACAGAGAGAACUUGUACAAGCGCGUUAACGGUAUUGUCUCAUUUGUGGCGGAGAACCCCGUCCGUGCCGUUGCAUCUUCCACUCAGGUCUGGCUAUCCAAAUGGUAUCGCGAUAAUUCUCUCGUGUUCGUCGCCGGAUCUCACGGGAUCUGGAAAGACCAGGAUCGCAAGCCAUCCAAGCGCUACGGCAGGCUGUACAAAUCUGAAAAAUCGACUCUGGGCGAGAUGAUGGCAGAGAACCAGCAGCAAGUGUUUGAGUGGCUCGCUGAGCGCGCGGAUGAAGCCCUUGACGAGACGGAAGAUGAGGUCGAUGAGGACUUGCCGAUGAAGGGGUGA